CUUUUGUCAAUGGCAGCCUUUAACUUCUUUUUACUCUUUCUUCGCACUUUCGUCAAUUUCACACUAACUGAUCUAUUUAUCUUUCAGAUCUGCAUUUUGUUUAAUGCAUAAGUUUUGUUUACUUUUUGCAGAUUUUUGAAGAAAAAAAAAAUAGAGGGAAAAAAGAGUACGUACGGUUUUAUUGGCAAUGUCGACGGCGAGGCUUCACGUGGUUUGCUUCGUGAUUUUCUUUGUGAUUUUGUCUGUACAGCAAUGUAUUUGUGCAGAUUCGCCGGAAAAUUCUCCAAGUCCGGCGCCGGUAGCAGGUGGAGAUUUAGGUUCUCUACCGCCGAUCGCUCCAGCUCCUAAAACUCCGUCGCUGUCACCGUCACCUUUGGCUAGUGUGAGUUCUCCUCCGGCGUCUCCGCCGACGUAUCUGUCUUCUAAUUCUGUUCCAGCGCCGUCACCUGUAAACGGAGAUGAUGAUGCUCCGUCUCCUGUAACAGAGCCUUCAUCUCCUUCUCCGGCUCCGACUGAUGUAGUUGCGAGUGAUAUAAGCCACGAGAGUACUACGACGGAGGUGGCAUCCACGGACGGUGGAAUGAACGGAGGAAAGAAGGCAGGAUUAGCAUUUGGAGUAAUCGCAGCAGUGUGUGUUGUAGGUCUCGGAGCAUUGGUUUACAAGAAGCGCCGGCAGAAUAUCCGACGAGCACAAUUCGGCAUUCGAGAGUUCCUAAGAAUGAACGGAGGAAAGGAUGCAGAAGUAGCAUUUGAUGUAGCAUUUGGAUUACUCGUAGCAGCGUGUGUUGUAUGUUUCGGAGCAGCGGUUUGCAACAAGUCCCGGCAGAAUAUCCGGCCAGCAAAGUUCGGGUACGCUGCACGGAGAAAUUUUCUAUAAUUUGCAUGCUUCAUAUAUAUAUAUAAAUCUAUAUGGUUCAUGAAGUAUAUUUGUAGCAUUCUAGAGUUUCAUUAUAUUUGUUUGAUUCUUUCUUUAAUCAUUGAAUAAAAAUGGAGUUCGUACUCCUAUUAUUUUGAUUAGGAUCAUAUUCUAUGGUUAUAAUUCGAUGCUUCCUCUAACAUUGUGAUCUUCACCAUAACUGUGUGCCUUGUGGUAAAGAUUCCUAAAAUGCUGGAUCUUAUCAACGUCCGUGAAUGAUAAAUCAUUGAUUGAUCUGCCAUACCCUAUUUCAUUAGAUUACCCAAAAAGGGGACUAGGAGCUUGUAUUCAUUGAUACAUGUAAUAAACCAUGUUCUUCAUUUUG